AGAAUUUCUAAGCCUUGAGACAUGGAUUGUGUAUGUGCCAUUUAGAGGGUGAAUGGGAAAGACACAAAUGUGGGAUGUGAGAUUAGUGUCUUCAACCCUGAAACAGAGCCAACCCAGCCCUCCUCUGUCAGCAUGGAUCCCUGGCCUCUCCUUCCGUCGCCCCCCAACCUCUCCCUCCCCGAGCCCCUGUACUACGACAGCUACUUCCCAGGGAACGAGUCUGACCUGGGGUCCCGGAAUGACACUCCGGACGAGACCCACCAGGCCUUCGACAAGACCAGCUCCGUAGUCAUCACCUUCAUCUACUUCACGGUGUGCGCCGUGGGGCUGACCGGCAACACCUUGGUGAUCUAUGUUAUCCUGCGCUACGCCAAGAUGAAGACGGUGACUAAUAUCUAUAUCCUGAACCUGGCCGUGGCCGACGUCCUCUGUAUGCUGAGUCUACCUUUCAUCGCUGUGCAGCUGGCCCUGGUCCACUGGCCCUUCGGCUCCGUGCUCUGCCGCCUGGUCAUGACUGUGGACUCCCUCAACCAGUUCACCUCCAUCUUCUGCCUCACGGUCAUGAGCGUCGACCGCUACCUGGCCGUGGUCCACCCCAUAAAGUCCACCAAGUGGCGGAAGCCACGCGUGGCUAAGAUCAUCAACCUGACCAUGUGGGGAGUGUCCCUGCUGGUCAACCUGCCAAUCAUGAUCUUCAGCGGUCUGAUGCCCAAUAAUAACCAGGCUUGGGCGUGUACCAUUGUGUGGCCGGAGCCUCAGGGGGCCUAUCAGACGGCCUUCAUGUUCUACACCUUCCUCCUAGGUUUCUUCCUGCCGCUCAUCGUCAUCUGCCUCUGUUACCUGCUCAUCAUCAUCAAGGUGAAGUCGUCAGGCAUGCGCGUGGGCUCCACUAAGCGUAAGCGUUCGGAGAGGAAGGUGACCAGGAUGGUGUCCAUCGUAGUGGCCAUGUUCGUGCUCUGCUGGCUGCCCUUCUACGUGUUCAACGUCACCUCGGUGACCGGCACCAUCGACACCACGCCCGUCCUCAAGAGCACCUUUGAGUUUGUGGUGGUGCUGGGCUACGCCAACAGCUGUGCCAACCCCAUCCUGUACGCCUUCCUGUCAGACAACUUCAAGAAGAGCUUUCAGAAUGUUCUGUGCUUGAAGAAGGUGGCGGGCCUGGAUGAGGCGGAGCGCAGCGACAGCCGCAUGGAGCGAACGCGCAUGGUCAACGACGUCACCGCGGAAAUGCACAACGCCGCGCUGCUCAAUGGCGAGCUGCAGACCAGUAUCUGAGUGUGUGUGUGUGGGCUGCUUGUGUGUCUCCUUGAGCAGAUGGACAGUGUGGAGCAGUUAGAAGGACUACUCAUAUUAAAGGCACUCUUCUAUAAUCUCCUGUACAGCGGCCCAAACACCAGGGGGGUCCAGGCUUUCCCAACCCCCCCCCCCCCCCGGGUGCAUCUUUUGGUUUUUGCCCCUAGGACUACACAGCUGACUCAAAUAACCAACUCAUCUUUAAUUAUUUGAAUCAGCUGUGUGGUGCUAGGGCAAAAAAAACAGAGCGUGCACCCAGGCGGGACCCCGGAACCGAGAUUGGGAAAACCUGCAUUAGAACACAUCUGCCAAGAUCCGUCUCAGAAAAAACAAAGACAGAGAUGGAAUGGAAGAAGAUGAAAAAGACGUCUCUCAUGUUUCAUUGGCAUGGAUUGCUUCGUACUGUCUUGAUCAGGAUAUGAGAAAGCACACUUUUGAUAACGCAUCUUAUUUAUUGAUCAGGAAAGAUGUUACUCACCAAGCCAGAUGUCCUCUGACUGAAGCUGGAGACUUUUGAGUUUUGCAUCCAGGAUCAUUGAUCAUUGAUUCUCCGACUUCAAACGAUCUUGAUGCUGUACAUAGACAUGGUUUUCUGUGAUGUGUUUUUGAUCUCCUUGUAAACCCCAGUUUAGCUUAGAUCACACCCCAUGUUAACUUCUCCUUGUUACUACCAUUCGUCUGUCGGCAGUUAUCAAGAUCAAUACUCUGAUUUAUAGUUGGCUCAACCUUUAGAUGCUAGCACGGCCAAGCACACACACACACACAUUCACGGUCUCUGAGAUGGGCUGUUCGUAUACUGUGUACAGUUUAUAAUCUGGUAUGACAUUUUCUCUUCUGCUGUCAGCACUAGUUGGCUUAAAGGUGAUAUGCUCCUAGCAUAACCAAGCUGUCGUGGUGCCAAUCUUGUUACUACUCAACAGGAGGAGUUGUGUUUCAGCAUCAGUUCUAUGCUGUCAGAGUGACGCUGAUGAUUUCUGAAUGGACAGUAUUGCAUCACUGACGGAGCCACAGCUGCAGUGUUUUGGUUGGUAGAGAGAUGGGUGCAUUUCACCACCACAGUCCAAGGGCAAUGUUGUUAUCUCUCUAAAUGUGUACAGAUGGAGAAUCCAUGGUUCUGUGUGUGUGUCUGUGUACUUGCCUGCCUUCCCCCCUCUGUGUGUGUGUGUGUUUUCGCUGGAAGGCCUCACCAUGUUAGGGUGUGUGUUUUCCCUGGAAGGCCUCACCAUGUUAGGGUGUGUGUGUGUGUUUUCCCUGGAAGGCCUCACCAUGUUAGGGUGUGUGUGUGUGUUUUCCCUGGAAGGCCUCACCAUGUUAGGGUGUGUGUGUGUGUUUUCCCUGGAAGGCCUCACCAUGUUAGGGUGUGUGUGUUUUCCCUGGAAGGCCUCACCAUGUUAGGGUGUGUGUGUGUUUUCCCUGGAAGGCCUCACCAUGUUAGGGUGUGUGUGCGUCACUAUUUUCACAGCCCAUUAAAGGAAAGAUUCACCCAUUUUGAAUGUUAUAUUGUUUUGAUGCAUCUCUGAGCGAUGUUCUAUCAAUUCCCAGGGACAUUUCAUGUUUUCAUGUGUAUCGGAGCUAUUGCCGGUAUGACGUAGCACUGCGAUAAAGCCGUUCUUGCUACACUGGAAGUUAAUAGGAAUAUGACUUUUAGAUGGUGAAAACGUCUAUCAUACCUGUCAGAUUUCAAUACUGACCGAUGCCAUAACACAGGAGGUUGUCUUCUAUCUAAUGAGCCAUUGAUCAUAUUUUUGCGAUAUUCCUACCUCGAGAAAUGUUUAAUUUAACAGAGGGUCCACCACAUUUCUCCUAUUUGUCUGUCUCUUUAGUCCAUGGUGCAUUGCAUGAUGCCAUUGCAUGGCCAUUGAGAAUGUCAGACUCCACUCUGUGAGGCACAUCGAUCUGCAGGUUGAACAUGGUAAUAUAGUGAAAAAAGUGAUUUUACAGCUAACUAGCUACUUUACAUGCUGAUAUUGACUUUGGUAUUACUGUGUGUAGCUUCAUUUGCUAGCUAGCAGCCUACCAAGCUAGCCAGCCAGCCUACCAAGCUAGCCAGCCAGCCCAUAGAGAGAGCAUUGCAUUGUGGGUGUUGUAGUUGACUUGAGCUACAACGAUUUCCACAUGUUGCUACCAACCUUAACACGACAAAAUGAAACAUUUGUUCACAAAAAAAUUGUCCUCGUGUAUUAGUGUUAUUUAACACAGUAAAUUAUAGGAAUUAAUUAUUCUCUUUAACAUAGUGACAUCAGGCAUUGUAAUUAGCAUCAUUAUGCCAGAGGCAGUUGAACUCUCUCUCUCGCUGUACAGUAGAUUAGGUAGACCGUACAUGGAUUUAACCCAAGAGGACGAGGGCGUAGGAUAAAGACAUAUAGGAUCAGGAGGAUGGAACCUCAGCCUUCUCUCAAUGUGUCGUUCAUUUGUGAAGGGCUAGAAGCUGCUAUCACUACCUUGUUCCUGCACACAAACACACAGAUACAGACUGACACAGACAAAGUCCCAGACACCUUGAGGAGAACAGGUGGUGUUUGUAUGGAGGAACUAUCUACACUCUGCCUCACCCGAAAUGUACUUACAGGAGAGCAAAGACGGCAGAUAUUAGAUAUAAGGUCAUACAUUCUUCUACAGUAAGCACCUAUUGUCCUCUGUGUGUGAGCAAUGUCUCUAAGUCGCUUGUUUUCCUUCAGUUCGCAAACCGUAUGCAGUGUAAAAUUUUGUAAAUGACAUGUCAUAAUUAGUUUGUUACAUGUGAGUUCUCAGAUGGAUGAUGUUUUAUACUGGUCUUUCAUAAUACAGGGCAGUGUGUGUGUAUUGGUUGGCUCUUCUAUCCUUGUGGGGACCUAAAAUCCCCCAAAGUACGACAAGGAUAGUAAAACAAGGAAAAUGCUCCCUCGUGGGGACAUUUCCCACAUCCCCAUGAGGACAAAGGCCCUUAGAGGUUAGGAUUACAAUUAGGGUUAGAAUAAGGAUUUGGGUUAGGUUUAGGGAAAAUAGGAUUCUGAAUGGAAAUACAUUUUAGGUCCCCACGAGGAUAGUGUGUGUGUUGAGUCCAAUCUCGAUUGGCAGGGAGUCAGGGACUGCCGCUUGAUGUCACUCAUCAUUUGUGUCGCCAUGACUCACUGCGGUCACUAGGGUAUGUACUGAACACUGAGUCAAUGUGCACACAUCUAUCUAGCCCAUUCAUUACGGCGUAUCAGCUGUGGCAGUGUUCCAAUAAAAUCUACUUCAUUAGUGAAUAAAUGAACGCUCCUGAACCUUAAAGGAAACAUGAUCAUAUAAAUGGUCAUCUGGAGAGAUGGCAUAAGUACAGAACACUGUGUGUGUAAUGAUUGCUAACUAAACAGACUACCCACAGAGAGCGAGAGGAAGGGGUCGAACACGGUCGUACACUGUCCUCAAACGCAGUCUUUUCCGUCGGAGUAAAAGCAGAGGUCAGCCCACACCAUCCCUUUCAUCAUGUCAAGGGUCUGUCUCUCAGGUUCGAGCGUCACAAGUGGUUCACCUCGAAAUGACUCAGGGGUCGUACACUACUGACCGGCAGUCAAAGGAAGGAGCAGUUCUCAUAAUCAGAUAGUUUUUCUCAAUAUCAGCUCCUCUUCUGGCUCUACAAGGUGAAAUACAGCAACCUGAUCCCAGAUCUGCUUGUGCUCUUGCCAACUCCAUUGCUGUCAUUGUUUGGCCUGACAAACAUGUUUGGCCUGACAAUGAGUUUUCAUGAUAGCACAAACAGACUGGCAAACGCAGUUGAUGCUAGAUACUCGAGUACAUGCAGUAUCCUCACUGAAAGAGGAGAAUGAGUGUGGAAUGACUCGCACAUCGUUUAAUUUUAGCUGCAGGUGAUGGGCAGGACUCGCAGGAGGCAUGUUUGUAAAUGAAUUUUGAUCAAGCUAUGUAGCCUAUUGAUUCCUUCUUGAUGAAUAAAUAAAACUAAUGUUUUGUUGUUUCUCUGUAAUGCUAGCCCUCUUGAAGUUUUAUGAGGUUGGCUUUAGGGAACAUAUCUCCCAACCUCAUAACUACCCACUGGGCACACACUGGUUGAAGCAUCAUUGUUUCUAAGUCAUUUCAAUGAAAUUACGUUGAACCAACAUGGAAUAAAAGUUGAAUUGACGACUGUGCCCAGUGGGUAGCUACCAAGCUAUUGAGAUUAUCAACAGUAGUGUACAGUAACUAAGUAAAGAUACUUUGAAGUACUACUUAAGUCAUUUUUGGAGGUAUCUGUACUUUACUAUUUAUCUUUACUUUACUUUUACUCCACUACAUUCUUAAAAGAAAAUAUGUACUUUUUACUGCAUACGUUUUCCCUGACACCCAAAAGUACUCGUUACAUUUUGAAUGCUUAGCAGGACAGGAAAAUUAUCAAAUUCACACACUUAUCAAGAGCACAUUCCUGGGUCAUCCCUACUGCCUCUGACCUGGCGGACUUAUUAAACACAAAUGCUCCUUUUGUAAAUUAUGUCAGUGUUGGAGUGUACCCCUGGUUAUCCGUAAAUAAAUCAAAUAUAUAAGUCUCUGUAUAAAUUUGCUUAAUAUAAGGAUUUGAAGUAUUUACUUUUGAUACUGAAGUAUAUUUUAGCAAUUAUAUUUACUUUUGAUACUUAGUAAAAUUCAAAACAAAUAGACGUAUUAUAGACGUAUUAUUUUACUGGGUGACCUUCACUUUUACUUGAGUCAUUUUCUAUUAAAAAAGGUAUCUUUACUUUUACUGAAGUAUAGCAAUUGGGUACUUUUUUCCACCACUCUAUAAAUCAAGUUAGAUCAUCUUGUCUAACAUUCCUGCUGGCAAGGUAGCUAGACUUUAGAAAAGCAAGCAAUCACUAAAUGUACUGAAUAAGACUCACAUUCAUUUCAAUAUUUUACCCAGAUAUUAGCAGAGAUUGGGGGGGAAGCAUAUUUAGUCAAAAGAAAAAAACACACCAGUUAGGAGGAUAAAGACAGCUUGACAUAUGCUAAGAUAUGCAGAAAAAAAAUACUUGCUUUAAAUGUAAUCUGGCACCAUAUGAUAAUUUCAUGAUAUUUGUGUAUUAAUUAUGAAAUGAUAUGUGCCUGUAUUGAUUGUGUGUUAUCAUCCCAUGUACUGUGUUGUAAUUUGAAUGUAAUAUCCGAGGCAUGUUUGUGCAGUACGUUAAGAUGUGGGAUUGAAAACAGUCAGAAUGACACCCACUGGAAUGUGUAGAAUAGAAUUAGGCAUAAUGAUUAUGGUUAUAGAUUGCAGGGGGAAAAAGCUGUUUCAGGUGUUUGAAACCCCCUCUAUCCUCACAUACAUCGUGCCACCUCGAACAUAAAGCCGCCUGAUGCCACUGGUGUUCCAAUUGGUUUGAUAGAGAGUAUUCAAUGUUAUAUGAGGUAGUCUACUGGGGCUGGAAAUAGUUUACUGGGGUGGUAAUUUACCAGGUGUACAGUGUACAUAACACUGCAAUGUAUCUCCUCUGACACUUUGUUCUCUUGUAGAGAUAGAGGUAGCAGAAGAGACACCCUGUUAGCAAAUUAUUAGAACAAUGUUUAGAGGUUCUGUUUUACUCUCAAUGGCCAUAGAAAUGGGAGGGAUAUGUAUAUUCUAUAAAAUCGUUGAAAAACCAAAUGUGUUUUAUGGCUAAUACUGUAAUACAGCAAAUCUGGUUGGGAUAUCCCCACAAAUGUUGCUAAAUGUCUCCCUCAGCUGGUUAGUUUCUGAAAUUGUGUAAUGUGAUUGCCCCAAGGAUGUUGGCCGGAUAUAGAGAUUCAAACUACUCUGCAAUGGUAGGCCACUAUGGAUACACUAUAUCUACAGACUGGUCCAUAAUUAUUGGCACCCUUGAUAAAGAUGAGCAAAAAAAGACUAUAAAAUCAACAAUAUAAAUAGCUAUGUGGUAUGCAAAAAAAUAGGGGAAUUAUUUUAUACUAAUACAACUGUUUAGAGAAAGAUUUGGUUUAACAAACAAAAUAGGGGUUAAAAUGAUUUGACACCCCUGUUUUCAGUACUCCAGCACCCUCCCUUUACGAGGAAAAAGACACAGCCACAAUCCACAAAGAAAUGGCUCAACAUUUGUGCAAUGGCCAUCUCAGUCAAACAGACACGAACCCCAUUGAAAACCUGGGGUUUGAAUUGAAGAGGCCAGUCCAUCAGAGCAGACGAAGGAUAUCAAGGAUCUGGAAAGAUUCUGUACGCAGGAAUGGUCAAAAAACACACACAAGUGUUGUUAUCUUUUCAAGGGGACAGUCUGAGUACUGAAAACAGGGGUGCCAAUAACUGACCCGUUUUUUUGUUUUACAAAAUCUUUCGAUAAACAAUUGUAUUAGUAUAAAAUAAUACAAUUUCCAAUUUUUGUUGCAGACAAUAUAGCUCAGUGUUUGUAUUAUUUAUUUUAUACAGUGUUUUUGGCACAUCUGUAUCUAGGGUUCCAAUAAUUAUGGACCUGGAUGUACAUACUCUGAUAGGAUUAAAAGAAGGCUCUUUGUCCAUACAGCUGCACAACCAAACAAACAGACAUUGUGAGAUCCUGAAUGGUUUUUGUAAAUAUGUCAUAUUGUUGCUUCUGCUACUGCUGUUACUACGACUACUACUUGCAAUUAAAAGCAGUUCCAUUUGAAAAUGGAUGGCUAUACUCAUUUGGGUUGACUAAUCCGUUA